UUUGCAGAACCUCUCCGCCCCGUUUGUCUUCGCCUCAGUCUCCUCUUUCCUCUCCCAGGCGAGAGGACCAGCGGAGGCACCUCUCCCGAGUCUUAGGCUGCAGAAUCUAAGACUUAGAGAGAGGAGCCUGGGAGGAGAUAUAGACCUUUUCACCCCUUUUCCCAUCCCUUCUUUUUGCCCAGAGAGGCAAAUAGAGGCGCGGAGCUUUAGAAAGUUGAGUGGUCAAGAAGGUAGGUGCUUCCCUUUUUCUCCUCGCGCCGAGGUGGGGCUGGGACCUCCGCACCCAGCUUCUUAACCUCGCGAGGAGCACCUUUUUCGGCUCUAGCAGCCGAUGCUCUUCGGAGCUGCUCUCUGCAGAGCCAGAGGGUGGGUCGGAUUCGCCGAGUGUGCGUGAGGAUGGAUCGCAGGUCCCGAGCUCAGCAAGGGCGCCGAGCUCGCCACGGUUACAACGAUCUGUGCCCACCCCUAGGCCGCCGGGCAGCCACCGCCCUCCUCUGGCUCUCCUGCUCCAUCGCGCUCCUUCGCGCCCUUGCCACCUCCAGCGCCCGCGCCCAGCAGCGCGCGGCUGCCCAGCGCCGGAGCUUCCUUAACGCCCACCACCGCUCCGCCGCCCAGGUAUUCCCCGAGCCCCCAGAAUCCGACCACGAGCACGACGAGGCAGACCUCGAGCUCUCCCUCCCCGAGUGCCUGGAGUACGAGGAAGAGUUCGACUACGAAUCCGAGACCGAGACCGAGUCUGAAAUCGAGUCGGAGACCGACUUCGAGACCGAGCCUGAGACCGCCCCCGCCACUGAGCCCGAGACCGAGCCCGAGGACGAGCGCGGCCCCGUGGUGCCCAAGCGCCGCACCUUCGACCAGUCUCUCACUGAGCGUCUCAACGCCCUGAGGUUGCAGAGCCCCGACGCCUCCCCGAGUCGCGCGCAGCCCAGCACUCGGGAGUCUGAGAGCCCCAGACAAGGGGAGGAGCCCGAGCCGGAGGACAAGGAUCCGAGGGACCCCGAGGAGUCCGAGCAGCCAGAGGAGGAGGAGAAGCAGCGGCGGCGCCGUUGCAAGCCGAAGAAGCCCACCCGCCGCGACCCAUCUCCGGAGUCUCCUUCCAAAAGGGGACCCAUCCCCAUCCGGCGUCACUAAUGGAGGACGCGCCCCAGAUUCUCCUUGUUUUCUUUGA